AUGGGGCUAUUUAACUACAUAAAUGUUGUAUGUGCUUGUUUCCUCAUAGGAAAGUGGCAUCUUGGGCUGAACUGUAACAGCAGGGAUGACUUCUGUCAUCACCCCCUCAAUCAUGGAUUUGAUUACUUCUAUGGGCUCACCAUGACCAGUCUUAGAGACUGCAAACCAGGGGAAGGCAGCGUGUUUGUGGCAGGGGUUCGAGCAUACCUUGCCACACCACUUCAGCUCAUCGGCAUUACCCUAAUCUGUUUGGAGGUGCUGCAUUAUAUUGGCCUCCUCAGAAUACCCCAUGGAGCACUGCGCUACUUCUUUUUAAUAUCUACAGUUUUAUUUGGACUUUUGCUCAUUUUCUUUUAUACUUUUCGAUAUCUAAACUGCUUCUUGAUGAGGAACCACCAGAUUAUCCAGCAGCCACUGUCCUAUAAGAACCUUACUCAAAGAUUGACAGAAGAAGCUGUACAGUUUAUAGGAAGGAACGCUGAUGCACCAUUUCUUCUUUUCCUGUCCUACCUUCAAGUCCACACUGCUCUAUAUGCAUCAAAGGAUUUCAAAGGAAAGAGCAAACAUGGCUUAUAUGGGGAUGCUGUAGAGGAAAUGGACUGGAGUGUAGGAAAGAUUCUGGAUGUGCUAGAGAAAUGGAAUUUGAAUGAUAAGACUCUUGUAUACUUCACAUCUGACCAGGGGGCACAUGUUGAAGAAGUCUCUAGCACUGGAGAAGUCCAUGGGGGGUAUAAUGGAAUUUAUAAAGGUGGAAAGGCUACAAACUGGGAAGGAGGUAUUCGUGUGCCAGGUCUUCUUCACUGGCCAGGAGUGGUACAGGCGGGUGUCCAUAUUGAUGAGCCUACAAGUAACAUGGAUAUAUUCCCAACAGUUGUUAAACUUGCAGGGAUACCAUUACCCAAAGACAGAAUUAUUGAUGGACAUGAUCUGAUGCCCUUGCUUCAAGGGAAAAUUCUCCGAUCCGAGCAUGAAUUUCUCUUCCAUUACUGUAAUGCAUAUUUAAAUGCAGUGCGCUGGCAUCCAGGAAACAGUGAAUCUAUUUGGAAAGCUUUUUUCUUCACUCCAAACUUUGAUCCAGUAGGCUCCAACGGUUGCUAUAAUUCCCACGUGUGCUAUUGCUUUGGAAGACUUGUCACACACCAUAACCCACCGCUACUCUUUGAUCUCUCCAGAGACCCCGGAGAGAAGAAUCCACUAACACCAGAGACUGAACAUCGUUUCUAUGAAAUCCUUGAUGUCAUUCAACAAGCAGUAAACAACCAUACAAAAUCAUUGCACAUAGUCUCCAACCAGUUAUCAUGGGGGAAUAUCCUUUGGAAGCCCUGGCUUCAGUUAUGUUGCUCAUCCGUCUUUCUGUCUUGUUACUGUGACCAUGAGUCAGAAGAAAAACUAAGCUUGCCUAUGGCAUGACACCUCUGAAACACACACACACAUGCUUUUUGGAUAACAUAUCUGCAAUUUUACCUUCAAUAAUUGGAACAAGUGGUAUUGGUAGGUUGUUUUGCUUGAACCACUACAAUACCCAACCUUUACAAUCCCACUGGGGCUCCUAGGACUCUAUCAUAGGUGUAUAGUAUCUGCUGGAAUCCCAAAUCCGACUAUAUAGGGUAAACCAUCUUUUAA